AUGACGCGCUUUGCUGAGGCAACCAUGGAGAUCCCAGAAGUCCACCUCCACGACCUCAAAAGCGGCCUCAGACCGAGAAAGUUCCAAGAAAUAAUUGCGGUAACAAAACCAAAAACAUUGGAUGAAUUCAGAGAAAAGGCCGCAGGACAAAUGGAGGUUGAGGAACUUCGGGAAGCCUGGAAGACAGACAAGCAUCAAACCAAAAGGGAGGAAGACAAAACCCUCAGGUCAACAAGCAACAGAGAACUGAAAAAGCCUUUCAAGCUUACCCCCAAGUUUGAUAACUAUACCCGAUUCAACACAAAGAGAGAAGACAUUAUAAAAGAAAUACUACAUGCAAAGAUAAUAAAACCUCCAAUCAGGGCCGAUAAUUAUCAAGAUCAAAGGUUCAUUGACAAGACAAAACAUUGUGCUUUCCAUCAGAACUUCGGCCACACGACAUACGACUGUGUUGCGGCAAAAGACCUACUGGAACGAUUGGCAAGGCAAGGACUCUUAGACAAAUACAUUGAUGGAAGAAGGAGUAGAGGAGAAAACAAGGUACCGGGAACAACUGGUCCAGGGGCGGAGGAAAAUGACAAAAGACACUGGGCGAACCCAAGCCAGCCAUGA